GUUAGGGUUGGGUUGGGGUUAGGGUUAGUGUUAGGUGCCGCGAAUUUAUUAUUAUGAUGAAUUCAAAAUUUGCCGCGAAUUUAUCAUAAUGAUAAAUUCGGACGUGUUUAAGAAUUUACUCAUAUAGUAAAUUCAAAGGUGGAGCUCAUGCUGAGUUUUACACGGGUUUCGUUUGACUGCUAAAGCCUGGCGCACACGAUGCGAUUUUAGUCGGCCGAUAAAAAUCGUUUGACUAAAACUAACAAAAUCGUUGUGUGUGCGGUGUCAUAUUUAACCGAUUUUUGUUGCUCGAUUUUAAUCGGACAACAUCAAAACGUUUUGAUAUUGUACGAUUUUUAUCGGUGGAAUUUUAAGUAUAACCAAUCAGAUUUCAUGCUGUGAUCACGUGCUUGUAUUUAUUUGGCAACAUGGCGGCUACAUUUCAAGGAGCGUAUUUUUUUGGAACGACGAGAAAGAAGGAAAUUUAGUCGAAUUAUGGGAGCAAUUCACAUGUCUUUAUCAAACGACAAGCGAAGAUUACAAAGAUAGGGCUAUACGGAACCAAGCCUAUGUGAGCAUUGCUGAUGUACUUGGAACAACCGGUAUGUAAUGAAGUGCUGAACAAUUUGCUUUAUAAAUAGAUUUUGUAUGUACGUAUCGAGAAAAUUCAUUAACAAAAUCAAAACGCUGUGGUGUAUCUCCAAUGACAACACAUCAGUGCAACAGUCUUAAUUAAAGAUUGUUUCAAAUCUUGAGGUAUGCAAGUCUAAACUGAUAAAAAAUUAAACUUUCAAGUUUUUAUUAAUAAAUAUUGUCUGAAUUAUUUUACAUUGAAUAAAAUUAACAAUUCAUACUAUGUACAAAUUUAUUCAUUAACAUGUGUAACAGUUUUCACACAAACAAGAUUUGUAAAACAUACCAGAUUCUGUUAUAAUUGAAUUUACAUAAUAACAACAAUAUUUUAUGGUUAUUUAAUCUAUCAUUUCAUUUUGCCAUGGCACUGCACCUAAAGCAGAACUGAAGUAUUCUUUCAACGCAUCUCUUUGUGAUUUGGCACUACAAGCUGAAUUUCUGUUUCUAGUUGGCUGUAAGCCAGUCAGUUGUUGGUCUGUUCUCCAUGUACCAAGGAUUACUUGAUGGUUAACAUCUUCAUUAUCUACUGCACAAUUAGUAAGAUAGUUACUGCCUUGAUUCCUUAUCAGAAAGUUGUGAAGACAGGUAGUUGCUAGGACAGCAUUCUGUGUAUCUUCUGGUUGAAGAUAUGCCUUACUUAGAAGAAAUCUAAAUCUAUUCAACAUUAUACCAAAAACAUUUUCCACCACUCUUCUUGCUCGACUCAAUCUAUAGUUGUAAAUUCUUUUGGCUCUCUCAUCUGAUGUGUAUGGAAAUGGUUUCAUGAGAUCCUUUUGCAAAGGAAAGGCAUCAUCGCCAAUUAUGUCAGUGGUAAUUACACAGUUUAGAAGUGCCUGGAAUGACUUCUUCUUUAGGAAUUGAUAGCAAUUUCUUUUCCAUUGCUUCCUUAACAGAACACUCAGCAAAUAUUCCAACAUCUCCACAUCUACCAUUUGCACCAACAUCGACAUACAUGAACUGGUACUCAGCAUCAACUAAAACUAGUAAGACAAUGCUAAAAAGUGUUUAUAAUUAUAAUUAUAAUAUACAGAUACACUGUUUUGAGGUUGUUGAAUGGCAAUAUGUUUACCGUCCAUUGCCCCGAUACAAAAGGGAUAGUUCCAUUUUUCCAUAAACCCUGUUGCCACUUGUUUCCAUUCAUCUUGGGUCGAAGGCAACUAAAAAUAAUAGUGUGGAAUUUAAUAUAUUACUGUAUCUACAUAUACUGUAGAUCAUUGGUGAUUCUAUAUGUACUGUAUUUCAGAUUUUGCCAACACAGCAAUCUGAUGAUGAUGACAUUGAUAUGCCUGCUGAAGAACUUCAAGGCCAGGAAAUCACACUGAUCACUCAGACUAUGCCAAACCAGGAAAAUAAGAGACCAUGUCCUGGUGGUCCUCCUAUACUUUCCAAAAAGUCCCGGACACAGAAACGAGAUGAGGAGGAGAUGGCUAUUUUAAAAGAUAUAGAUAGCUACUUCAAUGAAUCAAAACUGAUCUGGGAAACAAAAGGAUGAUGAAGCAAAUGAAUGUGAAAGAUUUGGGCAAUAUGUAUCCAAAAGCCUUGAUAAAUUGGAUGGAAAAAGCAGAAGCAUUUGUAAAAAUAUGAUACAGAAUGCAAUUUUUCAAUGUGAGAUGGGUGUACCACAGUCACAAAUAAGUCAACAUAUUUCUGCAAGCCCACCAAGUUCACUUCAUCUGUCAUGGUGAAAAUUAAAGCUUAUUAAUAUUGACUACUUCAUGAAUACAUAUUUGUUUUGUUAAUCACAAAAGAUUGUUUUCAAAACAUUGUUAUAUAUUUUGUUAUGCCUAUUGUUUAAUAUGCUG